AUGUCCUGGAAGUUCCUCAAUGUGUUGAAGGAGAGAACAGGAGUGGAAAGCAUUACUAAAGAACAGGUAAAAGGAAUCAAGGAGCUUGUAAGGAAAGCACACGAGUGGGAUGAGAAAAAGGCCCGGGAGCAUAUGAAUUUGGUACUGAAGAUGCCCGAGGAGGAGUACUCGAAGCUUUGGAAAAUAGACUUAUACUCUAUAAGCGACUGCGAUAAGGAAAAACUCAAGAACCUCGACCAAAAGACGGUGUUCAACAAUAUCAUGUGGCUGUCACGCAACGUAGAGAAAAUAGAUUCAAGUAUGAGGAAGUUUCUUGGAAUGCAUGUCUGGGUGGUAAACUACUGGAUUAAAACGGUUGGGUCGUCAACAGUCCGAAAAUUCCUAAGAGAAAACAACUAUAGUGGAGAGUUUGUGUACUUCCUGUAUAAAUACUUUAAUCUCUAA